CCACGAUCGCGCGUAGUGGCUUGUCAACCAAAGAUCCUGUACACGCGUACAAAAAGGGAACGUGUCCGAACUCGCAACUUUGUUGCAAUCAUCAUACGAAAGCGAAAUGCCUCUAGACUACAGCAAAUGGGAUAAACUCGAAUUAAGCGAUGACGAAGAUUUCGAAUGCCAUCCAAAUGUCGACAAAGCCUCCAUGGUUCGCUGGCGCCAAUCCGAAAUCCACCGACAACGACACGCCCGAAAAGUAAAACUUGAAUGCCUAUCGCAUGAAACCCAAAUCAACACCCAAGCCCAAUCCGCACUGCAAACCCUCUUAGAUUCGCAAGACGCUUUAUCAAAAUGUCGACAUCUCGUGGGUGUGGCAAAAACAUGGGACAAGGAAUUAACUGAAGCGUACUAUAAGCGAUUGGAAAUGGAUUGGGAUGCACGGUGGGGGCCUGUUCAACCGGAUGUAUUUGUCGAAGGGCGGGUUGAGUUUUCGGAGCUUUUUGGUGGUGUUUUGGAAAAGUUGGAGGGUGGGGAUGUUCAGAGUGUUGUUGAGGGUGCUGUUGCGAGGAUUAGGGAACGACAAAAGCUUGUGGAUGAUGUUGUGAGGAGGGAGGAGGAGGAGGCUAAGAAGAAGGUUACGGUGGAUGAUUUGAAGGAGGGGUUUAAUAAGACGGUCAUGUCUAAAAAAACCGUCAAGCCAAACGAGAAGCAGACGGUUAUUGAAACGAUUCAUACACCCGGCAAUGGAGCUGGGGCUAGCCAUGUUCAGUCAAACCCUCCCCCACCACCACCGUCGGAAGAAGACGACGAGGAGGCCGACCGUAUCACAUACCCCCCCGCCGAGGCCUUUUCAAAAAUUUCUACAAUGGAACAGAGUUUUGCGUUUCUUCUCCAAAACCCUACAUUGGUCUCACAACGCUAUUCAGACAUGAUUCUCGCUGAAGCUUUUCGGAAGCAAAUGGACGGACAGGAUAAAGAAGCGAGACAGUGUGUCCAGCAAGCGUUGUUGUUGCAGUAUUGUGCAUUGUUGGGUGGAGAUGGCGUACGACUGUUUUUUACCCGUCUCUCAUCACCCAACCAUACGGCCUCAACCAUGUUCCACAAGGACGUAUUAGAAACCUACACCCGAAUCCAAACCCGCGUACAAACCCUCCUCGCCGAACAAUCCGCAACCCAAGCCGCCGAACGCGCCGCCCUCGAACAACGCCUCGCAUCCUGUACUCGACCCGACGGAACAUACUUUUUACCGAUUUCAGAGGAUGCGUCCGAGGAGGAACGUGAGCGAUCUCGAGUGUUUGGUGAACUUGCACCGGAAUUCCAGAAAGCACUGUUGUUGCAGGAUGUGGAUUUGAUUAAUGGGUUUUUGUCGAGUGUUGGGCGGGAGGAGGGGGAGAGGGUUGUGAGGUUAUGUUCUGGGGUGGGGUUAUUGGAUCUAGAAGAAGAAGAAGAAGAGGGGGACUCGUAAAGGAGUUACAAUCAAUGUAUACAUUUUAUUUGGAGACGCAAUGGGAAAACUAUGUAUGUUUUUCAUAUUCCAACACAAGUUUCUUGUCAGUCGUAAC